AUGACGGGAAAACAGGGGGGGCAUGAACGGGAAACAUGGUUCGCAGCCGAAGCCGCUCGCGCCGCUGCGCGCGACCCAGAUGCUCGGGCCUGUCGCGGACGGGAGGAUUCUCUUAGGGAGGGUGCCCGGUUCCUUUCUGUCGGUAACCUGGCGUCGUUCUAUGUCCGGGGACAUGCUUUUGCCACACCAAGCAUGGACCCUCUUUGUGGUAUUGAUGGCUCUCGUCCGUCUCCUCCUCGGUCUAGGAAGAUGGCUAGACGGGAUAGCAGCAUCAGCCUUGAAGAAGGCCCUGUCCCUGUAGAGAGACACUCUCCUCAGACUCAUCACUCUAAGGACAAGGGCGUCUUUGACUCUGCCAAGUCGCCUCUUCCCCUCCUUCGUCCUCACGAACUACAAACUCCCACCACGAUCCGUGAGGCGAGCCCGGAGGAUGGAUGUCCGCUGCUCCCUUCAGAGCCGAGUAUUCCAUCCUCGCCUACGGUGACGGCACCGAUGGAUGUGUUUCUUGUAUAUGAGGACGACCAUGAGAAGAUGAGAGCUGGUGGUGUUGCUCCGGCCAAGGCUGCUCAGGUUAAGCAGCUGAGGUCGGAGCCUGCUGCCUCGUCUCUUGGGACUUCCAGUUGGCAACAUCCAAGUGAUGAUGAUGUUGACCCAUCCUUGAGUGAUGAGGCUCAGCUUAGUGAUCAUGACAAGAUGCCUCGAACUCCAGUACUGCAGCCCAUAGCUGGCCGAGCAAUGACUGAGUCGUCGUCCUAUGUCAUGGUGGGCAUGAUCCCCUCCGAGCCCAUUGAAGCAGAAGACGAUCCAUCUGAGAUGCCUGAUCCAAGCAUCCAGACCACGUCUACGUCUGAGGCUCUGGGAACAUCCAACGGCAUCGACGGUGGUAUCCGCAGGUAUGAUGACUCUCUGCUAACCCAUGACGACAACACCCAGACUGACAGCCACGCAGGAGUGGCAGGCGACAUGAUUCAGCGCCGGGAAUCUGGAGAGCAGCCAGAGUUAGAAAGUCAAAGAAAGAUUUGA